CAGGUGUCAUGUUAUCUUGCUAAAUCAAGUGCCUCCAUGACUGGGGAGCAGUUGGACUUCCUCCUUCUGAAUCUCCAUCAUCUUUCCAAGUAUUGUGCUGAACAACUUUCGCCAUUCGUGACUGAAUACGAGAUUCUUCAGAAUGUAUGUGGCAACAUAAGAGAUUUCCACGGGUUGAUAGUGAAUGGUUGUGUUGGGCAUGAGAUUGUUGAACAUGUCCUACCUCAGUUUCAACUAAUGGCUCAGAGAGUAGGACGCUUCCAUUGGGAUGAUCAGUUUCCUGGAGAUUCUCGACUCUUCAAACUAGCACAUCUACUCUUGAAGAUUAUUCCAAUUGAACUGGAGGUUAUGCACAUAUGUUUUACAAAUUUGAAAGCUUCAACAUCAGCAGAAGUUGAACAAUUUAUUAAGCAGCUCCUAGAAACCUCUCCGGACAUUCUUAGAGAAUAUCUGAUUCAUCUACAAGAGCACAUGGUAAAUGUUAUUACCGCUAGCACACUCCUGGAACUAAAAUAUAGUGAGAUCUAAAAUAGUAUCCAUUUUAUAACAUCAUAAUUAAAGAGCAACACUCCUGGAACUAAAAUAUAGUGAGAUCCAGGGCUCAAUGGCUCUGUCCAAGUUCUCUAACAAUCGAUU